GCUAUUUUAUGUUUACGUUUGUGAUUUGAAGGUAGCUGGGUUGACUGCAAUAACACAUACAGCGGGACAAGCAAAGCGCUUUACAACCUUGUCAUAAACGCUCUUAGGUCAUUUUAUGGAGUAACAGUUUAGUACAGUACAAGUGGUUACACAAUGAUAUAGAUCUUCUGUGCAAUGGCAGCCAGCACGACCAAGCCUGCGGAUUUAUUACCGUACAGGAAAAGAAACCGUUCACAGUAAACACAAUACGAAAUUAAAAACUGUAAAGAAUAACAGCGAUUAUACAAAGUACGAUAACAAGAUGGACCCGAGUUCAACCAAACGUCGAUUUCACAGCGAGGUGAAGUUCCAGAAACUGCGGGACAAGACAGGUUAUCGCUGUUUUUUCACAAUGUUAAUAGUUAUUAUAAUCAUGAUGGGGCUUCUGAUCAUCAUAGGAUUUCCGAAAAUUGUAAUUGGUGUUGAAUACCUCACGCUGUGUCCAGUGGCUCCCUACGUGCCGCUCUACCUACUGGUGUCCGGGGUCGUGGGGGUGUCGUGUCCGCUGUACAGCGUGUACGUGUGGAUGUGCGUCUUCGACAGGACGAGCACACACAGGGAGAACACCGUGUGGAUGCUCAUCUGGACCGUCCUCGCCCUGGCGAUCCCCGUCAUUCAAGUAGCAGGUGGACCCUAUAUAAUUUACAUAUAUUCUACGACGGGGAAUUAUUCAGCUAAUUGUGACGUCUUAAAUUACGGAAUAGGCGAGAGAAAUAACACAAACAGAUAUCUACAGUCAGAAGAUCAAGCAGAUUAUGAUCAAAAUAGUAGCCUAUCAACUGACACAUUGGCAGUGUUUAAUUCCUCUUUGAUAUCCAAUCCAGAAUAUACGUUCAGUGGUAUUAAGAAUGAGAGUGAUUUCCAACCAACUACCCGUAAUUCCUCAUCAUGUGUUUCCUGUGAUCGUGUUGUGAUGGAGUGUGCUAUUGUCACGGUGGUCAUAGAAUACACAUUUGUGACAUUGCCCAUGAUUGUGAUGAGUAUUGCCGUUAUAUCGUUUAGAACGCAGUAUUCCAAAGGAAGGGGUUCCUGUACGUGCUGCUAAUACCGAUCGGAAAGGACUGCUCUAUUUGUUGCCAGUAGCAAUGCUAUUGUCAAGAUGAUCCUCAGCCAAUAUUGUACGCAAAAUUAAUGUUUUAUCUGUGAUAUCGCACAUUCUUACUCAAAUGUGUCUUGUUGUCAACACCAUAAUGCUAUAACCAUUCACCACUGGCGUAGGAAAUGGGGUGGGUGGGGGUGAGGGUGGGUGGGGGGGGGGGCAA